UCAACUUCAAGUCAAUCUCUUCGACUUAUCUUCUUCCCUCCUUCAAUCAAUUCCAUUCCAGAACUCGUCUGCAAUAAUUGCCGAUCGUGCAUGGAGUUCCUUCAUCCCAACACCAACAUACUCUCAUCACUUUCCCUCACCUUUCUCCUCCACCUCUCUUCUCUCCUCUUCCCCACAUCCUCCUACACUCUCCCCGACUACUACUUCAUCAACUGCGGCUCCCAUUCCUCCAUCUUCACCUACAAGCGCAACUUCACCGGCGACGAGAAUCCCUCCAACUUCUCACUUUCCUUGACCGGGACCACCACCUCCGCCGCCUCAAAUCAAACCCUCCCACUCUACCAAACCGCAAGAAUCUUCACAAAACCAUCCUCCUACGACCUCAAUUUGCACCAAAACGGCACCUACGUCUUGCGCUUGCAUUUCUUCCCCUUCCCCUCCCUCGGAAACCCCUUCUUCCAAGUCUCCGCCUCCGGCUUCUCCCUCCUCUCCAAUUUCACCUCCCAGAGCGGCGUCUUCCCACUCAUCGAAGAGUUCCUGAUCAAGGCCUCCGCAGGGAAGCUGAAGAUCAAAUUCAAACCUGGUGAAAAAGAGCGUUCCUUUGCUUUCGUCAACGCAAUCGAAGUCUUCCUCGCGCCGCAAGAGCUAAUUCCUGAUUAUGCUACGCUUCAUAUUCCCCGCGUGACUAAGCAGGGAAGUCACGGAAACUUUACCGGCGUGUUGGAUAAUUUCAGGGUUCUUCAUCGGAUUAACGUCGGAGUAGGAGACGUUAAGCGGGGGACGGAUACGCUGAUGAGGUAUUGGGUUCCCGAUGAUCCGUAUUUGCUCCCCGGAAACACUUCCAAGCCCCAUAUUUAUACCGAUGAGAUUAAGUAUCAGGGUGGUGGAGCUACGGAAUUUAUUGCUCCUGAUAAUGUUUACGUUACUGCUAAAGAGAUGAUGAAUACUAAUAGCUCCGAUAAUAUCUCGUGGCGGUUUGAGGUUAAGAAGGGAGUUAACCAUCUCUUGAGAUUGCAUUUUUGUGACAUUGUUAGUGUUACCUCGAAUGAGACCUUUAAAUUCUAUUUGUUAUUCUAUUUGUUUAUCUAUGGUAAUUACCAUUAUAAUGUGUUUCCCUGGGAUAGAUAUCCUCAGGGGGCAGCUCCCUUUUAUAUAGAUCAUGUGGUGGAAUCGGAUGAUUCCGGUUUUAUGAAUGUAAGCGUUGGCCCCAACUCAGAAUCGGAUGUUCGAAACGCAAUGUUGAACGGUGUGGAGAUAAUGGAGCUACUUACAGAAAAGGCCUCUGAUUCUGAAGAUGGUGCUUCAUCUGGGAAACGCUUGUUUGUUAUUCUUGGUUCUUGUCUUGGUGGAUUGGUGUUGGUUUUUAUAGUAUUUUUUGGUGUAAUGUUUCUUCGAUUCAGGAAGGGUUUUUCGAAUGGGCCGUUGGGGAGUACUCAUAGUAGGACUACUGCACGGUCAUCAGUAUUUGGUGACUUGAACCUCGGGCUGAAGAUCCCGCUGUCCGGGAUCCUCUUCGCGACGGAACACUUUGACGCGAAGCUGAUGAUCGGAGAGGGGGGUUUCGGGAAGGUGUACAAGGGGACGCUGAGGAACGGAAACAGAGUGGCUAUAAAGAGGAGCGAGGCAGGGCACGGGCAGGGGCUCGAGGAGUUUCACACGGAGAUAAGAGUUUUGUCGAAGAUCCGACACCAGCAUCUCGUCUCGCUCAUUGGCUACUGCGACGAGAAGGACGAGAUGAUACUUGUGUAUGAGUUCAUGGAGAAUGGCACUUUGAGGGAGCAUUUGUACGGGGAUGUGAUCCGCAGCCUCUCGUGGGACGAGAGGCUGCGGAUAUGCUGCGAGGCAGCGAAGGGGAUUGAUUAUUUGCAUACUGGCUCGACCGGGACGAUCAUUCAUAGAGACAUCAAGUCGACGAACAUCUUGUUGGACGAGAGCUAUGUGGCGAAGGUGGCUGAUUUCGGGCUGUCUCAUUCUGGGCCGCUUGAUCAGACUCAUGUGAGUACGGAGGUGAAGGGCAGCUUCGGGUACAUUGAUCCGGAGUACUUUAGGUGCCUGCAGCUUACGCAGAAAUCAGACGUGUACUCGUUCGGGGUGGUGCUGCUGGAAGUGCUAUGCGCGAGGCCAGCGGUGGAUCAGGAGCUGCCGAGGGAUGAGGUGAACUUGGCGGAUUGGGGGAUGGUGUGGCAGAGGAAAGGGGAGUUGGAGAAGGUUGUGGAUCCAUGUCUUGAGGGGAGGAUUAAUCCGAGUUCCUUGAGGAAGUUUGGGGAGACUGUGGAGAAGUGUUUGCAGGAAAAUGGGGCUGAUAGGCCUAAUAUGGUGGAUGUGUUGUGGGAUUUGGAGUACUGCCGCCAGCUUCAGCACUCGGCCGUGCCCAGGCAGCCGUAUGAGGACUCCACCACCGAGGUGUCGUGGGGGGUGCCCAUGCCGGCCCUUCAGCGCCUGCCAUCGGACAGCUUCAUCGUUGAGGGGGACGACUCGGUUAGCGGGUCGUUCAGCGGUGUGGCUUCGAGCCAGCCUAAUGGGAGUGAGGUGUUUUCGUUGCUGGAUAUGGAUGGAGCGAGAUGAGACUAAGUUGCUCAUGGUGUGUUGUUUUUUUUGUUAAAUUUGUCUAGUGUUUGUUGCCUCAUGGUUUUGUAUGUGUGCCUUUUGAAUUGGGAUAAAAUACUUGUAUUUUUGUGGAGUAUAUGGUCUCAUGAAUUAUGGUAA